CAGAGGAGCCAUUGCCGUAAGAUCAAGGUCGCCACUACUGAAGUACUUUCUACCAUCCAGAGCCAUGAGUUGGGCCUCCGGCUUUGACAAAUUCUUUACGAAUUUUAAGAGGGAAAGCAAAAUCCUCCCUGAGGAUACCAUUACCCUGAUUAAAUACUACGUAGAGAAAAUGGAUCUUCAGAAAGCAGUUUCUGUAAUCAGUAAUGUACUGAAAGACAUCAGUAAUGCUCCUCUGAACAUCGCCGUGACUGGGGAAACAGGCACAGGGAAGUCCACUUUCAUCAACGCCCUGAGGGGGGUGGGACAGGAAGAAGAAGCUGCAGCCCGCACUGGAGUGACAGAGACAACCCUGAAGAGAACUCCAUACCCACACCCAAAGCUUCCCAACGUGACAAUAUGGGACUUGCCUGGCAUUGGGUCCACUACCUUCCAGCCAGAAGACUAUCUGAAAAGAAUGAAGUUUGGUGAGUAUGACUUCUUCAUUAUCAUCUCGGCUACACGCUUCAAAGAAAAUGAUGCACAACUGGCCAAAGCCAUUGCCAAGAUGAAGAUUAAUUUCUACUUUAUCCGAACCAAGAUAGACAUUGACUUAUAUAGUGAAAAGCUGAGUAAACCCAAGUCUUUCAAUAAGAAUGCAAUCCUGAGGAAAAUUCGAGAAGACUGUUCAAGGAAUCUUAGGAAGGCUCUUGUAAGUGAGCCUCCGAUCUUCUUGAUCUCUAACUUUGAUAUGGCUGACUAUGACUUCCCGAAGCUGAAUAAUGCACUCCUAGAAGAUCUCCCACCCCACAAGCGCCACAUCUUCAUCCAGUCUUUGAGAAGUGUUACUGAAGAGAUCAUUAACCAAAAGAAAGAUGCUCUGAAGCAGAUGGUCUUCCUAGAGGCAGUGAAGGAAGGAGCAUUGGCCAUGGUUCCAUUUGUUGGCACGAUCAGAAGUCUCACAAGGAAUCUGGAUCGAAAAUUCAAUCUCUACAGGUCUUCCUUUGGGCUGGAUAAUGCCUCAUUGGAAAACAUUGCCAAGGAUUUCAACAUGUCUGCAAAUGAAUUCAAAGCAAACCUUUGGUCUUACCAUUUGUUUGCAGAAGACAACAAUGAAUCCUUAGAGGAAAAGCUCUGCAACUAUGUGAAAAAUUUUACUGUGCUUUUUGGUGGGCCACUUUUUGCUGGCUAUUACUACAAUAUGGCUUACUAUAUGCACAAUCUGUUUCUUGAUGCUGCAGCAAAUGAUGCCAUAGCUCUUCUUAAUAAGGAAGCUCUUUCUGAAAGGAAGGUGGGACCAUAUAUAUCUAAGGCCCCUGAUUACUGGGAAUAA